AUGGCGUUUGUAGCGGGAGUUAUCCGGCGCCUGGACGAGACGGUAGUGAACCGCAUAGCGGCGGGGGAAGUUAUCCAGCGGCCGGCUAAUGCUAUCAAAGAGAUGAUUGAAAACUGUUUAGAUGCAAAAUCUACAAAUAUUCAAGUGAUUGUUAAAGAAGGAGGCCUGAAGCUAAUUCAGAUCCAGGACAAUGGCACUGGAAUCAGGAAGGAAGAUCUGGAUAUUGUGUGUGAGAGGUUCACUACAAGUAAACUGCAGACUUUUGAAGAUUUAGCCAGGAUUUCCACCUAUGGCUUUCGGGGUGAGGCUUUGGCAAGUAUAAGCCAUGUGGCUCAUGUUACUAUUACAACCAAAACAGCUGAUGGAAAGUGUGCAUACAGAGCAAGUUAUUCAGAUGGAAAGCUGCAAGCCCCUCCUAAACCAUGUGCAGGCAACCAGGGUACCCAGAUUACGGUGGAGGACCUUUUUUACAACAUAAUGACAAGGAGGAAAGCUUUGAAAAAUCCAAGUGAAGAGUAUGGGAAGAUUUUGGAAGUUGUUGGCAGGUAUUCAAUACACAAUUCAGGCAUUAGUUUCUCAGUUAAAAAACAAGGUGAGACAGUGGCUGAUAUCAGAACACUACCCAAUGCUACAACUGUGGACAACAUUCGCUCCAUCUUCGGGAGUGCUGUUAGUCGAGAGCUGAUAGAAGUUGGGUGUGAAGAUAAAACCCUGGCUUUCAAAAUGAAUGGCUAUAUAUCCAAUGCAAAUUACUCCGUGAAGAAGUGCAUUUUCCUACUCUUCAUCAACCACCGGCUGGUAGAAUCUGCUGCCUUGAGAAAAGCCAUAGAAACUGUAUAUGCAGCAUAUUUACCCAAAAACACACACCCAUUCUUAUACCUCAGUUUGGAAAUCAGUCCCCAGAAUGUAGAUGUCAAUGUGCACCCCACCAAGCAUGAAGUUCACUUUCUGCAUGAGGAGAGUAUCCUGGAGCGUGUGCAGCAGCACAUUGAGGGCAAGCUGUUGGGCUCCAAUUCAUCCAGGAUGUAUUUCACCCAGAAGAGACAUCGGGAAGAUUCUGAUGUGGAGAUGAUGGAAAAUGACUCCCGGAAGGAAAUGACAGCUGCUUGUCACCCCCGAAGGAGGAUCAUUAACCUCACCAGUGUUUUGAGUCUCCAGGAGGAAAUUAAUGAGCGAGGCCAUGAGACUCUCCGAGAGAUGCUCCGGAACCAUUCUUUUGUGGGCUGUGUGAAUCCUCAGUGGGCCUUGGCACAGCACCAGACCAAGCUAUACCUCCUCAACACUACCAAGCUCAGUGAAGAGCUGUUCUACCAGAUACUCAUUUAUGAUUUUGCCAAUUUUGGUGUUCUGAGGUUAUCGGAACCAGCACCUCUCUUUGACCUCGCCAUGCUGGCCUUAGACAGUCCUGAAAGUGGCUGGACAGAGGAAGAUGGCCCCAAGGAAGGACUUGCAGAAUACAUUGUUGAGUUUUUGAAGAAGAAAGCUGAGAUGCUUGCAGACUAUUUCUCUUUGGAAAUUGAUGAGGAAGGAAACCUAAUUGGAUUACCCCUUCUGAUUGACAACUAUGUGCCCCCUUUGGAGGGACUGCCUCUCUUCAUCCUUCGACUGGCCACAGAGGUGAAUUGGGAUGAAGAGAAGGAAUGUUUUGAAAGCCUCAGUAAAGAAUGUGCAGUGUUUUACUCCAUUCGGAAGCAGUAUAUACUCGAGGAGUCAACCCUCUCAGGCCAGCAGAGUGGCAUGCCCGGCUCCACUCCAAAGCCCUGGAAGUGGACUGUGGAGCACAUUGUCUAUAAAGCCUUCCGCUCACACCUCCUGCCUCCGAAGCAUUUCACAGAGGAUGGAAAUGUCCUGCAGCUUGCCAACCUGCCGGAUCUAUACAAAGUCUUUGAGAGGUGUUAAGUCCAGUCAUAGCCACCUGAGUGACUGUGUACUCACCAUCCAGAUGAAGCAUGAUUUAUGGACAAGGAAACCACAGCACAGUUGCCAUGCUCAAGGUUUCCAGUGCUGACUGUUCUUGCUUUGUAAC